AUGCGCUUCGUUGCUUAUCUCAAGUACCAAUACGGUGUUAACUUGAUUUGCUGUGGUUACCGCAAUUGCCCCUGGUGCGGUGUACGCGUGCAGAAUCUCUCGCUUUUACGUGCUUCGAUCCAUACCACCGCCCGGUUCGCCUGCACGCAGUUUCAUUCUCCACUAGUCAUCUCUCUGUCUCCCUCUCCGGCCAUCUUGCGCAUCAACGUCACCGAUCGAUCGAUCGAGACGAUGGUGGCGGCGGCCAUGGCGGCGGCGAGCUCGUGCUGCUUCGCGGUGGCGGCGUGCAGCCUGGGGCUGUACCUCUACUACGUCCUCUGGGUGGUGCCGGAGAGGCUCCGCGCCCGCCUGAGAGGCCAAGGGAUCGGCGGGCCACGCCCCUCCUUCCCUUACGGCAACCUCGCCGACAUGAGCUCCGCCUCCGCCGCCGCCACUAAGGCUACCGGAGAACGACGGUGCGACGGCGCCGCCGCCAUCGUGCACGACUACCGCCAGGCCGUCUUCCCCUUCUACGAGAAGUGGAGAAAACAACACGGCCCUGUAUUCACGUAUUCAGUAGGGAAGAUGGUGUUCCUGCACGUGAGCCGGCCGGAGUUGGUCCGGGAGCUGAGCCUGUGCGUGUCGCUGGACCUCGGCAAGAGCUCCUACAUGAAGGCGACGCACCAGCCUCUCUUCGGCAACGGCAUCCUCAAGUCCAACGGCGACGCCUGGGCUCACCAGCGCCGCCUCAUUGCUCCCGAGUUCUUCCCCGACAAGGUCAAGGGCAUGGUGGAUCUGAUGGUGCGUUCGGCACAGGUCCUAGUCAAGUCAUGGCAGGACAGAGCUGACGGAGGUGACGCGAGUGCGUUGGAUUUCAUGAUCGACGAUGACAUCAGGGCCUAUUCUGCCGAUGUGAUCUCCAGGACGUGCUUCGGCAGCAGCUACGUCAGGGGCAAGCAGAUCUUCGACAUGAUCAGGCAGCUGCAGAGGGCGGUGUCCUGCAGCAAGAAGCAGCAUCUACUGGCCGAGGUGACCGGGCUCAGCUUCUUCUCCACGACGAGCAGCAGCCGGGCGGCGUGGCGGCUCAACAGGCGUGUGCGCGCUCUGAUACUUGACCUCGUCGGAGAGAGCGGGGAGGACGGUGACAACCUGCUCACUGCGAUGCUCCGUAGCGCCAGAGGCGGCGGCGCCGCGGCUGAGGACUUCGUUGUGGACAACUGCAAGAACAUCUACUUCGCCGGGUACGAGAGCACGGCGGUCACCGCCGCGUGGUGCAUGAUGCUCCUGGCGCUUCACCCGGAGUGGCAGGGCCGGGUGAGGGAGGAGGUGCAGGAAGCGUGCAACGGCGGCGGCGGCCUGGCGCCGGACUUCCCGGCGCUGCAGAAGAUGAAGAACCUAACGAUGGUGAUCCAGGAGACGCUGCGGCUGUACCCGGCGGGCUCCGUGGUGUCGCGGCAGGCGCUGCGGGAGCUCGUCCUCGGCGGCGUGCGCGUGCCCAAGGGCGUCCACAUCUACGUCCCGGUCUCGACGCUUCACCUGGACACCGAGCUGUGGGGCGCCGCCGCGGCGGAGUUCGACCCGGGGCGGUUCGCGGACGCCCGGCCGCCGCUGCACGCGUACCUGCCGUUCGGCGCCGGCGCGCGCACCUGCCUCGGCCAGAGCUUCGCCAUGGCCGAGCUCAAGGUGCUCCUCUCGCUCGUGCUCUGCAGGUUCGAGGUGGCGCUGUCGCCGGGGUACGUGCACUCGCCGGUGCUGAGGCUCAUCGUGGAGCCGGAGCAUGGCGUGCGGCUACUGCUCAAGAAAAUGAGGCCCAACUGUACAUGGUCCGGGUUUGAUUAGUCCAAUCUGGGCCUUUUGUGAACAGUGCUUUCAGCCCAUUUAGGUAUUGCAAAAAAUAUACUCGGCUUUGAGCUUGCACCGUCAACAACAAUCUUCUUCUGUGUUAGAGUGGACCAACUAAUUUUACUCC